UACUUCAAUUAGCUAUAUAUGAUAAUGUUAAUUUGAUCAUCUUAUGCAACAAUAUGACAUCCAGUUCUUUAACAAUGGAUAAAUUUAUGAUAAACACAGUGUCAGGACAUCUUGGUUCAAUGGAGGAUACAACCAUGCUAGAUGAGACCAGCACAACCCCCUCCAAGCGCUCCAACACUGCCUACAAGCACCUCGUCACUGAUAUGAGAGCACAGAAUUUCGAUGUGAUUCGUUUUGCAACAUACAGGACAGCUUGUAAACUUAGAUUCAUACAGAAACGAACCAAUUUGUACUUAGUGGAUAUUUGGAACAUCAUUGAAGCCUUCCGUGAAAAUGGUCUCAACACACUAGAACAUGGGACAGAAUUAAAUAUUACACGUGUUGAACAGAUCCUGACCUCUAUAUACUUUCACCUGAACAAAAGGCUGUCAACCAACCAACAGAUAGAUGUAGAAGAAAGUAUAAGUUUGGCACUUAACUGGUUGUUCAACGGAUAUGAUCUAGAUGGUAAAGGCAGAGUGAGGGUGCUUAGUUUGAAGGUGGUGCUAUCAACCCUCUGCUCUGGGAAACUUGUGGAUAAACUUCAAUAUGUUUUCAUGCAGAUAUCAGACAAGAAUGGAGUGAUGGUGAAGUCCAAGUUUGAAGAGUACCUCAAGGAUCUACUUGCAAUUCCCACAGCAGUCUAUGAAGGCCCAUCUUUCGGUUACAAUGAUACAGCUUCAAGGGCUUG